AUGAGAAUCCUCAAAUGGAGACCCGGAUUCAAGUACGAGGAAGAUCCACCCAUUGUGCCUAUUUGGGUUUCACUUUUUGGUCUUCCAAUAGAAAUUCUUAACCUGGAGGUUAUAUUUUCAAUGGCCACUGCGAUCAGAAAGCCAUUGAAGGUAGAUGCCCCAAUGGUGAACAUGAUGAAGCCAUCAGUUGCAUGUUUCUGUGUUGAAGUCGACAUCACAAAGGAUUUCCCGAAAUCUGUGAAGGUUGGAAAGAAGGGCAAGAAGCAUGAUCAAAUAUUCACCGAUGAGCACAUUCCGGAUUAUUGUUCUAAAUGCUGCAAAAUAGGCCACAAAAAGGAAGAUUGUCGAAUUGGAAAGCCAAAUCCAUUGGUGAAGAAGGGGCAAGAUCAUGAUGGUGUUGAUGUUUCCAAGAAGAAAGGAGGCGCUAAGUCUGUCCAUGUGAAAGCAACAAACCCUAGAUCGCAAGGGGAUGUGACUAAGCAAUCGUCGAAGGGUUCGCCAAAGCUAUUGCAGGGGGGCACUCCUGCAAACCCUAAUUUGUCACAGGAGGGUGCAACAACUUCUUUGCUUCUACCAAAAUCUCAGGGGGCUGCGAUUAAAAUCUCAGAAGCUUCUUCGUUGGGGUUGACUGCUGUUGAGAAGGAGUCCAUUCCUAUGGACAUUCCAUCGACUGAAAACAUGGAAAAAGGAGCUGCUCAAGCUGAGUUGAAAGAGCCCGAUGUUGCACCAGCUCCUAAACCGGCGGACCUCAACUGUUUCUCUAUUUUAGCUUCGAUAACGGAGUUGGAUGGUUAG